CGUGCAUGCUCUUUGUACUCACCUGUCGCUAGGAUACUUUGCCCUCCUCUGCUGCCCACGGAGGCACGCCAUUGGCGGAUGAGUGAUGGGGGAAGUGCCGCUGCUCCUCUGGAAGUUUGGUUCAACACUUUUACUGGUGUUAGGUAACCAAGAAGACAAAAAGAAGAGGAAAAGAAAGAGUUUCAAGUCGUAGCUGGAGGGGGGAAAGUUGACUUUAUAGUUUUUAGGUGUUUCCGCGUCAUGGAGUUUGGUGAAGAGUCGUCGCCGGCUCUGGCUUUCGACAAGGAGGCGUUUGAGCUGACGGUGGAAGAUGUGUAUGAUAUUUCCUAUGUAAUCGGGCGAGAUUUGUUAAAAAUAAGCAGCACAGGGGAAGAAGUGUCAGACUUACAGUUCAGGAUAGUCCGUGUUCUGGAGAUGUUUGAGACUCUGGUCAACAAAUACAACUUAUCUCUGGAGGAGCUGAAAAUGGAGCGGGACAACCUGAAGAGUGAACUGGACAGGAUCAUCAAGGAGGGCUCCUCGGUGCAGGGCACGCAAAAUGCAGGGCCCAACCAGCUGGUGGUGGACCUGACAGACCCCAACAGACCACGCUUCACCAUGCAGGAGCUGAAGGAGGUCCUGCAGGAGAGGAACCAGCUCAAGGCUCAGCUCAUGGUGGCCCAGGAGGAGCUGCAGCUGUACAAGAGUGGGAUUCUGCCACAGGCUGAACCACCCAUGGUGGAAGUGGAUCUGGAGACACCGGAGAACAGUCCAGCCCCGAUAACUGAAGCAAAAGAGGAGAAGACAACCAUAGGAAAACUGUUUUCAUUCAGGCGAAAAUAGGAAAAAGCUUUGAGAAGAGAAAAAAGUGACCACGCAGAAGACACCAUCAGUUAACCACUUUUAUACUGACUAUUUUGUACAAUGUGUAUUUGUCAAUCUAACAAGCACUGUUAUUUUGUACUGGUAAUUUUAACCCUGAAGAUGGUUUAUAGUAGAAUAGAGUUGCUAUAAUAGAAAUAUAUAUGAUGUGGAAAGUUUGGUGAAGAUAUCAAAUGAAACUGGAAAGUAUUAUGUAACUACUGUUGGAAUUUAUGUUGAAUGCACUCACUCAAGUUAUUUAUAGGCUUGAAUUUUUUGUUUUUAUAAAUCAGAUUAAGUCUUCAUGGGGCUUUGUGUUGGUCCGGUAAUCUUAAACACAUUUUCUAUCACUCCACUGUUUGCUAUCAAAUGAAGGAAAAAGGGUUGCACCCCCCAGAUUUUUAAAGAAUAAAAUGUUAAUACAUUUUGAAUGUU